UAUAAAAUGAAUAGUCUAACUGUCUGUUUCAUUUAUAAAAUAUUUUUAUUUUGAUAUAUUGUAAGACACACCCUAAUGCAUAAGUAUGAAUUUAAGUUUUGCCAUAGAAUGUUUUUUGCGUAAAGUAUCUGUAUGCUUCUUCUUUUUCUCCAUCUGUCAACCAUUUGAAUUCUCAUAUCCUCUCUCUACAAUCGUUCCUCAUGCUGUAUACAACAAUUUAUCUAAAAAUUUGUGAUGACACUUGGUUUGGUUUGCGACGAUACACAAUACAAUAAUAUCACUUAGGAAACGACGCGCACUUAUCGCGAAUUUUACUACUGUGAUGAAACUUGCCGGGUGCUAAUCAAUAAAGAACUGACAUACCCAACAAACCAACCAGCGGGGUAGCCCAGUGAACAAACAUGUUAGAAAGAAAAAUAUUUCCAAACUUUUCCAAAAUUUUUUUACUCCCCAGGCAAUUAAAACUUUGUUAUUUAUUAAUAAUUGGUAAUGUGGAGAUAGUAUAACUAAUAAUACGUAACAUGUUUACUACAAAAAAUGUUGAUCAAGCUGUACAAUUUGGAAGGUGAAAUAAAGUUUUGCUUAAUCUUAAAAAGAGGUUUUUUUUGUAUUUAAGUUUCUCUAAUGCCGACUACAUUUUUGUUUAUUGGGACAACACAACUAUCCUCACACUUGGAAAAACAUAUAUAUAUAUAUAUAUAUAUACUCGUACAUAAAGUAUCAAUUUAUAGUUUCUCUGUAAUUCUUCAAGUGAUAUAGUAGCAGUGAAACCUUUAAAUAGAACACUAUUUGCGACAGAUUCGUAGUUGUGUAUAGUUCUUAAGAGUGAAAGCAUCUGAAUUUAAGCAACUCAUAAGUGGUCAUGGAUUUCUAUUACCUCCUCGAAUCUGCGCCCUGCCGCUCUAUUCUAAUGCUCGCCAAUGAAUUGGGUCUUGAAUUGAAUCGCAAGUUGUUAAGCUUGGUGAAUAAUGAACACUUGACACCCGAAUUUCUAAAGAUCAAUCCGCAGCAUACCAUUCCCACGUUGGUGGACAAUGGCUACUCGGUUUGGGAAUCACGCGUUAUACUCAUCUACUUGGUUGAAAAAUAUGGCAAAGACGACUCGCUCUACCCGCAUUGUACCAAAAAGAGAGCUGUUAUCAACCAGCGUCUAUUCUUCGACCUUAGCUUGUAUGCAUUCUUUGCUGAUUAUUACUAUCCCAUUGCUAGAGAUAAGCAGGCGCCAGUGCCGGAGCGCUUGACCAAACUUGAGAGCCAAUUGGAAUUUUUGAACACAUUCUUGGACGGGCAAACAUACGCCGCUAACGAUAGUUUGUCGAUUGCCGAUUUCACUUUGUAUGCCUCUGUCUCGACGAUUGUGACAAGUUUGGGCUAUGAUUUGAGCAAAUACCCAAACAUUGUCAGAUGGUUUGAACAGCUCAGCAAGACACUGCUAGGUGCAGACGAAAAUCAGAAAGGCUGUGAUUUAUUUAAGAUCUAUUGGUAAUUGCUGUGUCAGCGACCUACUCAUGAACUGUGGCACUAGUGUGAAAUAUGGAACGUUUUAAUUACAAUAAUAAAAAUAAGUGCAUAUACAUGUUACCGUAAUUAUUAUAAUCAUAUUCAAUGUGUAGCUUAUCAGUUCAUUUUAUAUAAAUAAAAUAUUGUUAUCUUUUUGUACAGCAGAAUAA